AUGAGCGCAAGCACAGCUGCGGCGGUGUCGUGCGUUGAGUGCCAAAGACGAAAGCAAAAGAGAUUGACUGACAGCUCGAUCCAGUGCAACAAACAGUUCCCCUGCAAUCAUUGCCUGAAGCGAGGAGUCUCGCACCUCUGCCGCUUUCCCGUUGUGUCUCUCGUUGCUAACCCCUAUCUUCCACGCGCCGUCAGGACAUCGAAGAAGCGGAGUUUAGACAGCCCAGACUACGUCAGCGAUGCUCUGAAUGCCCUCGGCUACAUGCCUCAUGACCAUCAUCUGGUCCUUGGCAAUGGAAGCGGCCCCAAACCAGGUAAAGAUGUUGUCGAGGAUGAAGCUGAGCCGUCCGAAGAACUCAAGGCUGCCCUUGAGUCCAUGCCUGCAAAGCCCUACACCGAUUGCCUUGUCGACAAUUGGCUCAACGGUGCCAACCACCAUUACUAUGCCCUCUACCCGUCCGAGUUCCGAACCCAAUAUGAUGGCUGGUGGGCAACUCCGCCGAACAAGGUCUCGCCAGAGCUUACCAGCUUGAUUCUGCGUGUUUGUGCAUGCUCGCUGCAUUUCAUCAUCGAUGAUAGUGUCAAAGAAAGGCUCGAAACCGAACUGAAGGCCGACGCCGUGACAUUCGCCCAACGCAUGCACAACGCGGCCGACAAGCUCAGCACAAGCAUAGCGCCAGGAAAGGGUGGUCUGAUUCACGUCCAGCAGCUCUUUUUGACAGCGUUCUGGUACAAGUCGGCAGAGAAGUGGACUGAAGCAUGGCACGCCCUGAGCAGAGCGAUUCGUGCUGCCAACGAGAUUGGCUUGCACAAGGACUCUUUGUCUGAAGGUAUGUCCGAGUUUGACCGUGAGAUGAGAAGGCGUCUUUGGGGCGUCCUCUACAUGUGGGAUUUUGCCCUUGGCUCCAUGCUCUCACGCCCCCUACUUGUCAACCAUGCCGAUUGCACUUUCGUAAUGCCAACUCUGGCCCUCGAAAUUGAUCCCGAGCGGCUCAACCAGCCGUCGCCCUUCCGUCAUAUGAAUUUGCAUUGCCAGCUGUGUCUUGCCAUGGCAGCCGAGUUUGCUCCUCGCGCCGAUGGAAAAGUGGAUGAGGCCGACCAGGCCAGAAGACUGCGCGAUGUCGUCUAUAAGUGGUAUGAGGAUCUUCCCAAAGAGUACUCCCGCACGAAUCCCGACACCCAGUGGGAUGAGGAGUUUGAUUGGGUUGUCUUCCAGCGCCGAUAUCUCCAUCUGAUAGGAUACAUGUCUCUCUUCAGCCCAUUGAAGGCAUUCGUCACCCGAAAUUCUGGCAAGCCUCUGACGAAGCUUGAAUCCGAGCUGCGCGCGGCUGGUGUCCAAGCCGGCCUCGAUCUGAUGGAUGUGUCGUGGAGCUUCUUUGAGAACAUGGUUUCAGCCGGUGCAAAGUUCCACUAUGCCAUCUUUUGCAUCUUUGAUGCCACGACGGUCAUGUGCUCUGCUUUUGUCCACGAUGAGGCCCGCACUCUGCCACAGCGCGAGACGGUGCUCGAGGCUAUCAACAAGGGUCUCCACAUGCUCGAGGAGUCAUACGCCGAGUCCAAGACAACGGCAGCCCUGUAUCGUAUUCUCAAGGGCCUCAUCAUCAACCUGCCGCUCAGCCCUCAAGAAAAGGGAGUAAUCGGAGCUCCGAAACGCAGCAAGCGCACAAAUGCCAACCAGACAGGCGACAGUACAGCUGCCGGCUCAUCGAACAAUGCGUUGGCUAGAAGAAUUCUUUCUGAUCGUAUCUCCGAGGGCGUAGCUCAAGGAUCGAAUACCGAUGGGACACUGGUCGAAUCUCAGCUCGGCUCAAAUAGCUCUCAACUCGGUUCGAAUGGCUCGGUAUCGGUGGUGUCGUCGUCAUCAAACAACAUUCCUUCACCCGAGGUUCCGUUGCGCUCAAACGCCCCCAUCCCGUCUGCGAAUGGACAGGUUUUCCAUGGCUAUCGGCCAAUGGAUAACCCACCACCUUCCAACGGCCAUGAUCACUUGAGCCAUAUGCAUGCACCAAACAUGCAGCCCUCGCCAUACUAUGGCACAGUCGACCAAUUCAUGCCCUCAAGCGCAGGCAUGGUCCCUUCGAAUGGAUAUUUGGUGACCGACAGCUUCGUACCCAACAGCGGCUUUGUGUCAUCGAAUGACCUCCAGUUCAGCAAUGACCAUCAUAUCUUCCACUCCGGGCCGCUUGACCCCCUUGGCUACACCCAGCCCGCGUGGGAACCGGCCCCUGAUGCCAAUCCAAACUUCGGUCUGCUCCAAGGAGCGAUCCAGGAGGUAUCGGAGGAUGCGGUGCCUGCUGUGCCCAGUGUGUUGGAGUAUUGGGACUGGCAGCAACUUGAUCUUGGAAACCCUGGGUAUUGGGGGAACCAACAGCCGCCACGGAUGUGA